GCGGGGCGGAGCGGGCAUGGCCCGCCGGGGGGCCGCCGCGCUGGCCCUGGCCCCGGCCCUCGCCCUCCUGGCGGUGGCCUUGGCCGGGGUCGGGGCCCGCGGCGCAGUCCUCGAGGACCCCGACUACUCCGUGCAGGAGAUCUGGAGCCGGGAGCCCUACCACGCGCGCCCGAACCCCGAGCCCGAGCCGGAGCCCUUCUCGCCGCCGCUGCCCGCGGGGGACGGGGAGGAGGAGCGGCAGCCGCGCCCGUCCCAGCACAGGCCGCCCAAGAAGGCGAGCAAGCCCAAGAAAGUGCCCAAGAAGAAGUUGGCUCCAGAGACCUCUCCCCCAGGUAAAAAUAGCAACAGAAAAGGCGUGAGAAGCAAGAGCUCUGAGAAGGCUGCCAGUGAUGAUCACAGCAUCCCCGUGGCCCGUGAUGAUGUCAGAGAGGGUUGCCCACCUCUUGGUCUGGAAACCUUAAAAAUCACAGACUUCCAGCUCCAUGCAUCCACUUCGAAGCGCUACGGCCUGGGGGCGCAUCGAGGGAGACUCAACAUCCAGGCGGGUAUUAAUGAAAACGACUUUUACGAUGGGGCGUGGUGCGCGGGACGGAAUGACCUCCAUCAGUGGAUUGAAGUGGAUGCCAGACGUUUGACCAAAUUCACUGGUGUCAUCACUCAAGGAAGGAACUCACUCUGGCUGAGUGACUGGGUGACCUCCUAUAAGGUUAUGGUGAGCAAUGACAGCCACACAUGGGCCACUGUGAAGAAUGGAUCUGGGGACAUGAUAUUUGAAGGAAACAGUGAAAAGGAGAUCCCUGUUCUCAACGAGCUGCCCGUGCCCGUCGUGGCCCGCUACAUUCGCAUCAACCCGCAGUCCUGGUUCGAGAACGGAAGCAUCUGCAUGAGGAUGGAGAUCCUUGGCUGUCCUUUACCAGUGUUUCUGUCCCUAGAUCCAAAUAAUUACUAUCACCGACGGAACGAAAUGACCACGACCGAUGACCUGGAUUUUAAGCACCACAACUACAAGGAAAUGCGCCAGUUGAUGAAGGUUGUGAAUGAAAUGUGUCCCAAUAUCACUAGAAUUUACAACAUUGGCAAGAGCCACCAGGGCCUGAAGCUGUAUGCCGUGGAGAUCUCCGACCAUCCCGGGGAACACGAAGUCGGUGAGCCUGAGUUCCACUACAUCGCAGGGGCCCAUGGCAACGAGGUGCUGGGCCGGGAGCUGCUGCUGCUGCUGGUGCACUUCCUGUGCCAGGAGUACUUGGCCCGGAACCCGCGCAUCGUCUUUCUGGUGGAGGAGACCCGGAUUCACAUCCUCCCCUCCCUCAACCCCGACGGCUACGAGAAGGCCUACGAAGGGGGCUCAGAGCUGGGAGGCUGGUCCCUGGGACGCUGGACCCAUGAUGGGAUUGACAUCAACAACAACUUUCCUGACUUAAACACGCUGCUCUGGGAGGCCGAGGACCGACCGAACAGUCCACGGAAAGUUCCCAAUCACUAUAUUGCAAUCCCUGAGUGGUUUCUGUCUGAGAAUGCCACGGUGGCGGUGGAGACCAGGGCAGUCAUAGCCUGGAUGGAAAAAAUCCCCUUCGUGCUGGGCGGCAACCUGCAGGGAGGCGAGCUGGUGGUGGCAUACCCCUACGACAUGGUGAGGUCCCUGUGGAAGACGCAGGAGCACACCCCCACGCCUGACGACCACGUGUUCCGCUGGCUGGCCUACUCCUACGCCUCCACGCACCGCCUCAUGACGGACGCCAGGAGGAGAGUGUGCCACACGGAAGACUUCCAGAAGGAGGACGGGACUGUCAAUGGGGCUUCCUGGCACACUGUGGCCGGAAGUCUCAAUGAUUUCAGCUACCUUCACACAAACUGCUUCGAGCUGUCCAUCUACGUGGGCUGUGAUAAAUAUCCGCACGAGAGCCAGCUGCCUGAGGAAUGGGAGAAUAAUCGGGAAUCCUUAAUCGUGUUCAUGGAGCAGGUUCAUCGUGGCAUCAAAGGUCUGGUGAGGGAUUUACAUGGAAAAGGAAUCCCAAACGCCGUGAUCUCCGUGGAAGGCGUUAACCACGACAUCCGAACAGCCAGCGAUGGGGAUUACUGGCGCCUCCUGAACCCCGGAGAGUAUGCGGUCACAGCCAAGGCGGAAGGUUUCACCUCGGCCACCAAGAACUGCAUGGUCGGCUACGACAUGGGGGCCACACGCUGCGACUUCACGCUCAGCAAAACCAACCUGGCCAGGAUCAGAGAGAUCAUGGAGAAGUUCGGGAAGCAGCCGGUCAGCCUGCCAGCCAGGCGACUGAAGCUGCGGGGCCGGAAGAGACGACAGCGCGGGUGACCCCCACCCCCAACGCUCGAGACACAUCCGGACCCCUGCAAAUUAAACCACGCUGGUCGUAGCUCCGUAGAGGACUCGCUCACUGUUGUUUUCUCUGUAAUUCGAGAAGGCCUAGGAGAAUGUCUGUAUUGCAAGGCUGGUUCCAAGGGAGGGGCCCGAGGGCUUAGGAUAUUUUCUUUUCUUUGUUCCCGUUUAUCCAGAUAACUCGGACAGGGCAGCAGAGAAAGGCUGGUAGGAGUGAAGCUGAGAGUCUGAGAAACAGGGAGUUGCCUGUCCAGGGCCUCCUGGCUGUGCAGGAAGGGAAACCUGUGCUUCCCCCGUUUUCGUGACAGCAAGAGGUCCCUUGCAUUUGCAAUUUGCACGGCUAAAAUUGCAGCAUUCCCAGGGCCCGGCUGUCACAAGUGUCACCAUUUGAGAUGCUCAUGGGCAUUUUAAGGGAAACCACCCUCUCUGGCCCUGGGACAUUCCAAGCUGCUGCAGACAACUGCUGUACUCUGUUCACAACAGAGACGUUAGCAAGCGAGCAUCAGUCGGCCCCUAGAAUCCCUCUGGUUUCCCUUUCAAGAAAGGAUCCUAAAAGGGGAGAAAGGCUGCAAUCAUGCAAAAGUGGUUGUUGGGCAGCAGCAUGCCUUGGGGCUCACUGCAUCCAUGCUGGGGCCACAGAGAGCCCCCAAAGUCCCUGCUGGUCCAGUAGCCCUGGGGUCUCCCUGGGGGGCAGAGCAGGAGGCGCCAGCCUUCCCAAGGGACCAGAUGUCUAGCUGGUGCUCCUCUUGGACCUGCCAGGACUUGAGAAGAGCAUGGAGGCUGACCUGCAACCCUCUCUCUGCUCCAGACAGUCCUCCUGUCAUGGAAAUGAGUCCUAAAUUGGCCUGACAUCCCCCUGGGAGUUAUUUUUGGUGGGUGGUAUGCCAGACCUUCCAGAUUAAGCUAAAUUUGAUGGAAAGCUCUUGGAAUUAUCUGUGGAGCACUGAUUCGGAAGGGGUUAUUGAAUUACCAUGCGAGAUUAUUUGUCUCACUUUUUCUUAAUGUUGCUGCCUCACUGACCUGGGGAGAAUGAGAAAAAUAAAGAAAGCAAAUGGUAAGAUC